AGCCUGCAAGCAGCAUUGCCUUCCGUAGCCUGCAGCAGGCGUGCUCGCCGUUUGCAGCAGUGCCCAGCCUCUCUCUGCGAAAUAAUGCUUUUUGUAUUCCCGCAUGCCGUUUGUUUUCUUUUAUAAAAUGUCAAGUGCAGGCAAGUCAUAGUCUUAACCGUCAUGGUCUAUCGUCGAUACAGUAGGUUGACCUAGCUCAUACGAUCCUCAUCAUCAAACGGUGGGUACUCCGCUCUGGCGUCAUGCAUGCACUGCCACAGCCGGGGAACCAACGCUAUAUCAAGGUAUAAACAGGAUGAGGCCUAUUUGUUAGACCCCGACCAACCCAUCUCCGCUCGACGAGAAUAUCAUCGUGAUGGCCGAUGAUGAUGAACAACAACAACCUGGUCAGCUGAAGCCCAACUCGGGAUUGGGCUCUCUUCCAACGUUAGUACCAGGACUACAGGGCCCCGAGGCCAAUGCGUUGCAGUACAAAAUAAAGAAUUCAAUUUGCAAAUCUGUACAAUCAAAAGUGGACAACAUAUUGCAAGAUGUUGAGAAGUUUACAGACAUCGAGAAACUCUACCUCUACCUUAAGUUGCCUUCUGGUCCCAACAAUGGCAUUGAUAAAAGGACUGAGAAUCAGAGAGCCUCCACUCCUGGACUAUGUGACCAGAGUGGCAUGUCGUCCAGCCGAACACAGCAGAUGUACGCUUUCAACUGGAUCCGGAAUCACCUAGAGGAGCACCCUGAGACAUCACUGCCAAAGCAAGAGGUGUACGACGAAUACAAGAGCUACUGUGACAGUCUUGCCUACCACCCACUGAGUGCUGCAGACUUUGGAAAGAUCAUGAAGAAUGUCUUUCCCAACAUGAAGGCUCGCCGCCUGGGCAUGAGAGGCAAAUCUAAAUACUGUUAUAGUGGACUGAGGAAGAAAGCUUUUGUUCACAUGCCUUCUCUGCCCAACUUGGACUUACAAAAAUCAGACGACGGGUGUGAGUUAAUGGAGCCGUCGUCUGGCCAGUCUCCCAGUGCAGAGGAUGAGAUGCGCUCAGCGGCCUGUGGCCUGGUGUGUGAGUGGGCUCAGAAGGUCCUCAGCAGACAGUUUGAUGCCGUGGAGGACCUGGCCCGCUUCCUGCUCAACAGUCACUACAUAGGAACCAAGUCCAUGGCUGCCCUCACCGUCAUGACUGGGACUCCCACAGGUCUGAAGACGCCCACGCCAACCUCUGCGUUCGUGCCCACGUCCGAAGCCUCGUCCUUCCAGCCGGUGAAGACGCUGGCCUCUCCCUCGGUGGACGCCAAGCAACAGCUCCAGAGGAAGAUCCAGAAGAAACAGCAGGAGCAGAAGCUCCAGUCCCCCCUGCCUGGAGAGGCCCAGGGACAGAACCAGGCCAGGAGGGCCGAGGCCAGCACCCCAGGGCCAGCUAUCCCCUGUGGAAGUCCUGCUCUCCUCUCACCACAACCUACCAUUGGCAUAGUGGUGGCAGCUGUCUCCAGUCCCAUCACGGUCCAGAGGAGCAGGCAGCUGAUGACUUCCCCUAGCCCAGUGGGAUCCGCCGAGGGGAAGGUACUGCCAACGGUCAACUUCCAGGUGGUCACCCACACCCAGUCUCUGACCCACAGGCAGUCCCCGAAGACGCCCCAAAACAUCUCAGCCAGUCCCGUGGGCGACCGCCUGGCCAGGCACAGGUACCCCCAGAUCCUCCCCAAGCCCUCAGCCACAGGGGCCAUCACCCUGCGUUCGCCUCCCACUCUGCUCAUCACCAACAGCCCCAUCAAGACCCACCACGUUGUCAAGAUGACCGCCAUCUCUCUGGCCCCUAGCAACACUCUCAGUACCAGCAGUAACAGUAUGGUCCUCAGGCCAGCUUCGGCCGGGGUGGGAACCACCACCACCACCACCACCACCUUUACCACCAUUGCCGCCCUAGAGGAGGUCCAGCAACAUGGACAGAGCCAGGGAGGCCCCCCAGCCCCAGCCACCCCCCAGUCCCCUGCAGCAUGGCCUGGCGCCCCACCCUCCACCCCUAUUCCCACAGUGGCCCCUGAGGCCAUCAUCACUGAUAAUAACCCGGGCUGUAACUCUGAUAAACGGAGCACCAUAAAGCAGUCCCCCUGUGGGGCCAAGGGUCCAGAGAGAGCCACCAAGUACCGGGCGGCCAGCGAACCCUCGCUUAUGGUCAAAUGCUCACCAGGACCUGACAGAGUGACCGACAGGACCAAAAGCGUCUCAUUCUCCUCCACCUCUCCUCCAGCUGCUGCCACCAAUGCAGCGAUCAAGUGGGCGGGGCCUCAGCAGGACAGCAAUAAGAGCAUCAUCGCCACCACCUGUCACCAAGAAAGUCCGUUGUAUCUGACCGUUGCUCCCUCGGCCAAUCAAAAUGCUCCUAGCGUCAGCGGAAUAUCCUCCUCGUCCAAUGGCUCGUCGGCUGUUACCUUAUUGUCCCCUAAAGACUCCUCGUACGGGGCCAAGAACCCCAGGAAGCGGGCCGGCCCCGGGCUGGAUUCCUCCCACGUCAUCCCUGUGAAGCGCGUCUUCAUCUCCCAGCAGCCUUUGAGUGUGACCUUUGACCCCAAACCAUGGGUCCCAGCUAGACCUGGCACUCCUGCCAGACCUGAGAGCGCCCCCUGUCGAGUGACGGUGAAACAACACCUAGUGCCCACGAAGAUCCUGGCGCUGUCCGACUCGCCUGUCACGAACGCAGAGAUCUCCUCCCUCUCCCUCUCUUCCUCUCAGGCUGUUGUCAGUGUGAAGCCCCAGGUCUCCUCGUUGCUGGUAGUGAAACGCGAAGACCCGUCCUCUCGAGGACUAACACUAAGCACUGUCAGCAGUCACACCAGCAGCACUGCAGCCCCUGAUAGCACCACCACCACAGUGUCUGAGCAGCAGCAACACUCUGAGGCCUCUGUCUCUGCGAUGGCGGUAGGAGCACAGCAACACUCUGAGGCCUCUGUCUCUGCGAUGGCGGUAGGAGCACAGCAUCAAUCUGAGGCCUCUGUCUCUGCGAUGGCAGUAGGAGCACAGCAACACUCUGAGGCCUCUGUCUCUGCGAUGGCGGUAGGAGCACAGCAACACUCUGAGGCCUCUGUCUCUGCGAUGGCGGUAGGAGCACAGCAACACUCUGAGGCCUCUGUCUCUGCGAUGGCGGUAGGAGCACAGCGUCAAUCUGAGGCCUCUGUCUCUGCGAUGGGGGACAUAAAGAGCACAAUGUGGGAGGAGUCAGCUGUGGGGCAUGCGGAAGAGCUGCAGAAACAGACCUUCAGUCAGAAUAUACCAGCAGACCAUACCAAGCAGCAGGCCCUGGGCUCCACCAUGAACCAACACCAACUCCCAAACAUCAUGUCCCAGACCUCAGACUCCUCUGAUCAGUUAUCUGGCCUUCACCAGGAGAUGGUGGACUUUGCCUCCUCAGCCUCCCAGCACGGCUCCACCAUGGACUACUUCUCAUUUAACGAUGAUGAUAUGACCCAGGACAGCAUAGUAGAGGAAUUGGUUCAGAUGGAAGAACAGAUGAAGCUGAAGGGCCUGCAGCCGCUGUUCAGUAGCUGUGUGGAUAAUAUCUCUCUCCAGGGCCAGCCUGGGGGCCCCCAGGGGUCCAUCCUCAACACCCACCACCAGGGGGGUAGCUCCUCUUUCUACCAGUCUGCCCAUAGCAGCACAACCCCCAUCCAGACUCCCACCCCGACUCCCACACCGACUCCAACCCCGACCCCCACCGAGAUGACUCUCGGUGGGCACGGGCUGACCAGAGAGAGCCCCUGUUGCCAUCACAGCAUGGCCCCUAUCACGCCCGUGGAGGUCCCUCUAGGAGGCCGACACACCCCUAUAAGCGCUCUGUCUAACUGUUCUAGCGGCAUCCCGCCCAGCCCGGUGGAGUGCAGGAACCCAUUUGCCUUCACCCCUAUCAACUCCAGCAUGGCAGGGGGUUACCACGAUGCCUCCGUGGUGUCUGUCUCCUCCAGUCCCAUCAAGCCCAUGCAGAGACCUAUGGCCACGCACCCAGAUAAGGCUAAACUGGAGUGGAUCAACAACCGCUACAAUAGUAGUGGUACUGAAGCUACUGGAGGAGUCGGAGCAGGGCCAGGGUCUGGGUUAUCCAUCUCUAACCACAGCCUUGGUGGACUCCUGCCUAGUUACCAGGAUCUAGUGGAUGACCAUUUCCGUAAGCCCCACGCCUUCGCUGUUCCGGGCCACAGUGGCCAGUCUUUCCAGUCUCAAUCCAGACUGCAGGAUGGCGAACACUUCUCUCCCAUCUCCCCGGUGCAACAGCAGAUGACCAGCGUAUCGACCACGCCCACCAACACUCCAACCAAACAGGAUGAGAGCUUUGCUGUGCCCGCCCCUUUAGACAACAAGGGCGGAGCCUCGUCGUCAGGCGGCGGAACGUUCCGUUGUCGUAGCGUCAGCCCCGCCGUGCGCCAGAGGACCUUCAGCGGUACCGGCACAACCCCCGGCACUGGCACAACCACUCAAUUGGUAGUCUCCCCUUUCAGCUCCCCCAUGACCUCCUCCGAGAUACUCAGCUUCCUGUCCAACAGCCAAUCGGUGGGCAGUAACCUCCACAGCAUGGCCCAGCGCAGCCAGUCGGUGCCCUUAAACAUCAUGAUGCAGAGCGUUGUGGAGAUGGAGCUACUUCCUGUAGAGAUGCAGGCCAUCCAGAGUAAUGCCACUAAGAUCACCAACGUCCUCCUGAGUAAGAUGGACUCUGACGUGGACGACACAGUCAGGGGCCUGGGCAUCAACAACUUCCCCUCCAACUACACUGCCCGCAUGAACCUCACCCAGAUGCUGGAGACCCAGUCUCAGAGCCAGGCCACCAAUGGGAGCUUCACAACCGGAAGGGGAGGAGGUAACACCCACCAAUCCCACCUUCAGCUGCAGACCGUCAGCUCCAGCCCUGCCUCCUUCGACCUCCAGCAGCAUGGGGGCUACCUCACCAGCGCUGGAGGAGGCGGGGAGGGGAUGAACUUCUCCUCUGGAGACAACCAAGCACAAUCAGGUCCUGGUGAGAACGUGGACCUGGAGCUCCAGCAGAUCCAGGGCCUCCAAGAGCUUCAGGGAGACUCUGGACAACUCCAGACCCAGCUCCAAUCCCAGGCUAGACUGCUCCAGAGUCCCCAUCCCCAGCUCCAGGGCGGGCUCCAGCUUCUCCAGCCCCAGUCCCAGGUACUCCUCCAGCCCACCCCCACCCAGCAGCAGCAGGAGGACGACGCCCAGCAACAGCUAGACUUCAACAACACUGUUAAAGACCUGUUAGGUGAUGACGGCCUCAACGUUGACGCUGAAGGCCUCAACCCCAGCUCUCAACUGGUCGGUCAGGUGGCGUCAGAGCUUAACGCCGCCGUGGUGUCCGACUUCACCAAUGACAUCAGGUUGACCUCCGACCUCUCCAACAGCAUCACUGACCUGAACACACUGGACGCCAACCUCCUGUUCAAUCCGUCCAAUCAGCAGCAAGAACAGUACGAAGACGCCACACUGGAAGAGCUGAAGAACGAUCCUCUGUUUCAGCAGAUAUGUAGUGAUACUGUGAACUCCUCGUUCGACUGGCUAGAGAGCAAAGACCAGCCUACUACCGUAGAGAUGUUGGGCUAAUGUUGUUAUUGACUGCAUCCCAAAUGGAUGCUUAUUCCCUACAUAGUGCACUACUUUUCAUCAGGGUCCAUAGGGUCAACCCAUAGGGCCUGGUCAAACGAAGUGCACUAUAUAGGGAAUAGGAUGCCAAGUCAAAUGCGAACCGGUAUUUUUAAAUAAGUAUUUAUGGUUUCUGUUUUUGUUUUGUUGUCUUUUGUUUUGAACUGUGAGUAAUUUGUAUACAGUGCAUUUGGGAUAAUAUUCAGACCCCUUCACUUUUUACACAUUUUGUUACGUUACAUUCUUAUUCUAAAAUGGAUUAAAUCGUUUUUUUCCCUCAUCAAUUUACACACAAUACCCCAUAAUGACAAAGAAAAAACUGGUUUUUAAAAAUGUUUGCAAAAUUAUUAUUUUUUAAAUACCGAAAUAUUACAUUUACAUAAGUAUUCAGACUCUUUACUCAGUACUUUGUUGAAGCACCUUUGGCAGCGAUUACAGCCUCUAGUCUUCUUGGUUAUGACACUACAAGUUUGGCACACCUGUAUUUGGGGAGUUUCUCCCAUUCUUCUCAGCAGAUCCUCUCAAGCUCUGUCAGGCUGGAUGGGGAGUGUUGCUGCACAGCUAUUUUCAGGUCUCUCCAGAGAUGUUCUCUCGAGUUUAAUUCCAAGCUCUGGCUGGGCCACUCAAGGACAUUCACAGACUUGUCCCGAAGCUACUCCUACGUUGUCUUGGCUGUGUGCUUAGGGUCGUUGUCCUAUAGGAAGGUGGACCUUCGCCCCAGUCUGAGGUCCUGAUCGCUCUGGAGCAGGUUUUCAUCAAGGAUCGCUCUGUACUUUGCUCUGUUCAUCUUUCCCUCAAUCCUGACUAGUAUCCCAGUCCCUGCCGCUGAAAUACGUCCCACAGCAUGAUGCUGCCAGUACCAUGCUUCAUGCUUCACCACAGAGAUGGUGCCAGGUUUCCUCCAGACGUGACGCUUGGCGUUCAGGCCAAAGAGUUCAAUCUUGGUUUCUUCAGACCAUAGAAUCUUAUUUUUCAUGGUCUGCGUCCUUUAGGUGCCUUUUGGCAAACUCCAAGCGGGCUGUUAUUUGCCUUUUACUGAGGAGUGGCUUCCGUCUGGCCACUCUACCAUAAAGGCCUGAUUGGUGGAGUGCUGCAGAGAAGGUUGUCCUUCUGGAAGGUUCUCCCAUCUCCACAGAGAAACUCUGGAGCUCUGUCGGAGUGACCAUCAGGUUCUUGGUCAUCUCCCUGACCAAGGCCCUUCUCCCCCAAUUUCUCAGUUUGGCCAGGUGGCCAGCUCUAGAAAGAGUAUUGGUGGUUCCAAACUUCUUCUAUUUAAGAAUGAUGGGAGGCCACUGUGUUCUUGGGGACCUUCGAUGCGCAGAAAUGUUUUGGUACGCUUCCCCAGAUCCUGUGCCUCGACACAAUCCUGUAUCGGAGCUCUACGGACAAUUCUUUAUACCUAAUGGCUUGGUUUUUGCUCUGACACGCACUGUGAACUGUGGGACCUUAUAUAGAGAGGUGUGUGUCUUUCCAAAUCAUGUCCAAUCAAUUGAAUUUACCACAGGUGGACUCCAAUCAAGUUGUAGAAACAUCUCAAGGAUGAUCAAUGGAAACAGGAUGCACCUGAACAAAAUUUUGAGUCUCAUAGCAAAGGGUCUUAAAUACUUAUGUAAAUAAGGUAUUGCUGUUUUAUUUAUUUUAUAAAUUUGUACAAAAAAACAACGACCUGUUUCUGCUUUGUCAUUAUGAGGUAUUGUGAUGUCAUUAUGAGGUAUUGUGUGUAGAUUGAUGAGGACAUUUUUUUAUUGAAUCCAUUUUAGAGUAAGGCUGUAAUGUAAUGUGGAAAAGGUCAAGGGAUCUGAAUACUUUCCGAAUGCUCUGUAUAUCUGUUUUUUAUUACUGUUUGUUGGGGAAAAAACUUCUGGACUCUUGGCCAUUUGUCCAGUGAAAAGUGCCAGCCUAACCAAUCCCACUGAUACGUUGCUUUAUAGCACUGUUAGCCUAACCUCUCCCACUGUUAGCCUAACCUCUUACUGACACACUGCUUUAUAGCACUGUUAGCCUAACCAAUCCCACUGAUACGUUGCUUUAUAGCACUGUUAGCCUAACCUCUUACUGACACACUGCUUUAUAGCACUGUUAGCCUAACCAAUCCCACUGUUAGCCUAACCUCUCCCACUGUUAGCCUAACCUCUUACUGACACACUGCUUUAUAGCACUGUUAGCCUAACCAAUCCCACUGAUACGUUGCUUUAUAGCACUGUUAGCCUAACCUCUUACUGACACACUGCUUUAUAGCACUGUUAGCCUAACCAAUCCCACUGUUAGCCUAACCUCUCCCACUGUUAGCCUAACCUCUCCUACUGACACACUGCUUUAUAGCACUGUUAGCCUAACCUCUUACUGACACACUGCUUUAUAGCACUGUUAGCCUAACCUCUCCCACUGUUAGCCUAACCUCUCCCACUGUUAGCCUAACCUCUCCCACUGUUAGCCUAACCUCUCCCACUGUUAGCCUAACCUCUCCCACUGUUAGCCUAACCUCUCCCACUGUUAGCCUAACCUCUUACUGACACACUGCUUUAUAGCACUGUUAGCCUAACCUCUCCCACUGAUACGUUGCUUUAAAGCACUGUUAGCCUAACCUCUUACUGACACACUGCUUUAUAGCACUGUUAGCCUAACCUCGCCCACUGUUAGCCUAACCUCUCCCACUGUUAGCCUAACCUCUUACUGACACACUGCUUUAUGGCACUGUUAGCCUAACCUCGCCCACUGUUAGCCUAACCUCUCCCACUGUUAGCCUAACCUCUCUAUAGCAGCACUGUUUUUGUUGUUACUGGAAUCACAGUACCGCUUAAUUUCACCUUCCAAUGAAAUCAAAAAGGAGUGCAUUUCAAGUAUUAGAAGGUAUUUUAAAGCAUUCCGUGAGACAAUGGGCUGCAUCUGAAAAUGAUAGCUUAUUCCCUACAUAGUACACUACUUUUGGCCAGGGCCUGCCUUUUGGCCAGGGCCCGCGUAGGCAUUUCAGUGGCAGAGUUGUUGAAAGGGAUACAUUUCUCAAGGUGUGAUGAAUACCACAAAGUUAAACCAUAUCUUACAUUUUAUUGUCUACUCAUUCAACAAUGCAAUAUGUUCUGAAAUCACCUAAUACAUCACCUAAUACACUCUGACACACACACAAUCACACUUAUCACACACUAUCACACACAAUCACACAAACACACAAUCAAAAAUGAACUUCACCCAAAAAUGUUUUCUGUAGGAUGUUGUUAUCCUUUUUUAGAAAAGUGCGUUUCAAAAGUGAAUCCAAACCGAAAAAUACAAUAUUGGACUUAGUAGGCAACUUAAUGACAUGCGCAUUACAUUGCCUGCCAUAUCCAAAUACUAAAUGGGUAGCGACCAUCUGGGAGCUACCAGGUGCUGAAUUUAAGACAUUAUCUUCAUCAUACAUUAUCAUUAUACCAAAUCAAUUGUACUGGUUCAUAUCUGAACAGCGUUAUCCCACAGUGAAAUCUUAAAUCUCAAAGCCUAUGCUACUUGUACCGUUCAAUAUGUGGAAAUGGGAGGAAGAUUAGAUGAUUUGCUAGUGCUGGUAGUCUAUCUGGGGAAGAAAAAACAUGUCACUCCUAGGAAGGGAAGCAACAACAAACUUGGCUGCCUUAUUUCCAAAGUCCAAGGCCUUACACCAUCUUUACAGACAGACUGUAUAUCAUAGUAUAGUAGUACAUAGAAUCUGCACAUUCUAGAAGCGAUUCUAGAACCAAACAGAUUCUAGAUCUAGAACCAUCCAGAGCUUCACCAUUCAUAUCAAGGCAGCUGUUUAAACUCUGAUAAUGUUUUCAAUACUAUUUCUUAUGGUUCCUUUUUUAUUUGCAGGGUCACUUAAUGCAUCCAUACUGUAUAAAACAAACCACACUGAGUGUGCCCUUACUUAGUAUCAGUCGUAGAUGGAGAAUAAUGUCGGAACAGGCAGACACACGUUUUAGUGGCCAUGGUGUGUUUCUCACAGGCUUGAGAAAUAUUGUCCACGUCCCAAAUAGCACCGUAUUCCCUUUAUAGUGCACUACUUUUGAUCAGGGCCCUGGUCCAAAAGUAGUGCACUACAUAGGGAAUAGGGUGCCAUUUGGCUAUGGGCCAUGGUCUAAAGUAGUGCACUACAUAGGGAAUAGGGUGCCAUUUGGCUAUGGGCCAUGGUCUAAAGUAGUGCACUACAUAGGGAAUAGGGUGCCAUUUGGCUAUGGGCCAUGGUCUAAAGUAGUGCACUACAUAGGGAAUAGGGUGCCAUUUGGGACGUAUAGUUAUAUAAAUGGUAUGGCGAUGGCUAAAUAUGUCAUUGAAGGCAACAGAGGCUGCGAAGAUAGUUGCAUAGAUUUGGCUUCUGGAGUUUGAUGAUGUCAACUUAAGAUCUAGAUACAAAACGAAUCGUGAUUGUCUUUCCCGGAGAUCCAGCCUUAUUUCCAUACCAAAGAACAGCAGUUGUUUAAAAAUAACCUAAUUUUAUGUUAGAAGUUGUAAUAUCGUAGGAGGUUGUUAUACAUGGGAUUUGUAAUCAUCCAUGCACUCCUAGAGACUUAUGUUAUCAGUGAAAAGAAACAGAUAUAACUCGGUGUACGUCCUUAAUGGCACUCUAUAUAGUGCACUUGAUUUUGACCAGGACACAUAGGACCUUGGUCUAAAGUAGUGCACUAUUUAGAGAAUAGGGUGCCAUUUUAGGGUGCCAUUUGGAACAUACUGUAUGUAAGAAGUAAGAAGAUUUGUUUCAUUUUGGGGGGGAGAAAAGAAAAGAGGAGAAGCAUCGAAAAUCCAUGUACAGCAUGUUGCUAAGGAAACACUGGGCCAGACAGCAUGUAAACGUAUAUGAAAGGGUGGAGGUCCUUGUUGUUGCUAAGGAAACACUGGGCCAGACAGCAUGUAAACGUAUAUGAAAUGGUGGAGGUCCUUGUUGUUGCUAAGGAAACACUGGGCCAGACAGCAUGUAAACGUAUAUGAAAUGGUGGAGGUCCUUGUUGUUGCUAAGGAAACACUGGGCCAGACAGCAUGUAAACGUAUAUGAAAUGGUGGAGGUCCUUGUUGUUGCUAAGGAAACACUGGGCUAGACAGCAUGUAAACGUAUAUGAAAUGGUGGAGGUCCUUGUUGUUGCUUAGGCAACACUGGGCCAGACAGCAUGUAAACGUAUAUGAAAUGGUAGAGGUCCUUGUUGUUGCUUAGGCAACACUGGGCCAGACAGUAUGUAAAUGUAUAUGAAAUGGUAGAGGUCCUUGUUGUUGCUUAGGCAACACUGGGCCAGACAGCAUGUUGUUGAAACCAUCACUGCUAGCCAGCCAGCUAUGUGAUUAUAAUAGGAUGAUUUGCUUGAAUUUUGGCUAUUGUUAUUGUGGUAAAAGUCAUAGUCAAAAUUAAAGCUCCAUUAAUUUGUAAAUAGGAUAGGAUACAUAGAAAUGUAAUGUAUCAAGAAAGAAAAAAAGACUACUAUAUUAUGGCCAUCAUUCUAGCUAAGUAAAGUCUAUGUGCCAUUAAAGGAGAAGAAAAAAAGCUAAAUGUAUAUUAGUCAAGAUAAUAGAGACUUGUGUGUGUUGUGUGUGUUGCAUUUCCGGCUCCUCGAUGUAUUUGUAAAAGUAAUGCUGUCUGUUUGGUCUCUGGUUUGCUGAUGUGUUUAGACUUUCCUUUUAAAGGUAAUUGUUAUAAUAAUAAUAAUAAUAGGUCUCUGAUGUGUGCUCUGAGCGAGAACAAUAGCAUGGUUUAUUGAUAAGAAAAAGAAAAAAAAUCAAGAGUUAUAUGAUAUAUAUAUUAGCUGGUUGCAUACAUUUCUGUAACAUCAUCGAUUCUAUAGACAUUGUGUUCAUGUUUUCAACAAACAAACUUUGUAGGUUCACUUUUUAUUGCACUAAAUUUGUAUGAUAUGAAACAUGGCUUUGUCACAAACCUUAUAAUGGACAAAUGUCACGAGGGAAUGACGAAAUGAAGGCCCGCAACAACAACAAAAAACACAACAACAAAAAAAUAUUUUUUAUGAUCGAAAAAGAAUUGUCAUGUAGAAAAUGACUACUAUAAUUGUCAUGUAGCAAAAAAAUGUGCAUUAAUAAUGAUCUCAGUGAGAUUUACUCAUUCUCAUCCACGAGAAUAUAAUCUAAGCGUUAAGGAAAAAUUAAAUGUUUAAAAUGAUUUAAAGAAAAAACGUUUAAAAACCUACAUGUUUCAUUAUGUUAAAAAAUGACUUUAAAACGUAGGCGUGCAUGUGUUCAUCAUUUCUUUCCUACUACUUUGUAUUGUUAUGUGCCUCCAAAAUGGCACCCUAUUCCCUAUAUAGUGCACUACUUUUUACCUGGUCAGAACUGUAGUAGUGCACUAUAUUAGGGAAUAGGGUGUCUUUUCGGACACAUACUUAUUAAGGUAACCACUGUCUGCUGUGGUAAGGGCUGGCUCUGUGUACCUGACUGGCAAUGCUACUGUAGUACCUGACUGACAGUGCUACUGUAGUUAACUUAAUUACAGUGGGUUGGGCGGGUUCUGUGUACCUGACCGGUAGUGUUACUGUAGUUAACUUAAUUACAGUAAGUUACAUUAUUUUACAUUGUGGGCUGUUUACUUAAUAUAAGUUAAUAUUGUUCUGUGUGUAUGGAGCUAUGUUUCGUUAAUGAUUGACGUAUGUUUUUAUUUUUACAUACUUUUUUUUAAAUGUAGCAUUUGUAAAGAAAUACGUUGUUUAAAAAAAAAAAACAAGAUUUUUGGCAUUACUACUAUAAGGCACUGAUAUUUGAAUUCAAUCUUUGAAUGAAGGAAAAUUCUCCUCCAUCUUUAGAUGUACAGGAGUUCCAACUAUAGAAUUAGAAUGAGUUCUAAUGAUUCUAUGGUUCCAUCAAGCAGUGACUCUGUACGUUGUGAGUUCUGACUGACCCUGAGCCAGUACCAACUCAGUUUGACUAUCCUGUUCAUUCCUACCAGUAGAAGAAGCUCCCUCCCUCUGUUGUUGUCUGGUGUACUGUGUCAUAUGUACAGUAGCUUGUUAAUAUGGCAAAAUAAAACAUUCAUGUUUCUUUUUUUUCAAUGGAAAGUACUCACUGGUGAGAUUUUUAAAGUGGUUUUAAAAGCCAAUAAACUUUUUUUUAAAGAA